CCAGACUGGAGGUUUGAUCUUCCCCCGUAUUUUUUCGCCCUUAGUUAUCCCCGACAGUUGACGGCUACGUGUUGCUCAGUCAUGAGGAAGUGGACUAAUACAGGAAGGGCCUCCAGGCUACAACAAUUAUUGUCAACAAAAAUCAUUUCAGUGAGUCUCAACAGAGUGAUCAACUCGAGUGUACUUUGAUAAUACAAAACAGUUUGCGAGUUCGUUGGUCGUCUUUGCCGACAGACAGAAAAAUGAGGAGGUUGAACUGAGAGCAGCAUCUGCUAAAAUGUGCUGGACUUUUGUUGCGACUCAACCAACAUGGCGACGGUUUAAUGUAGGCUAAGUCUGUUUUAUUGACGAAGACCACCAUUACUCUCCAUUUUCGUAUAGCCCUGGAAAUUAAGUUCAGUAUCACCAACAGUUCUGUGCACUAGUUUUCUCUGUACGUGCAUUUUAUCAACAAAGAAUACUAGUGUUGUUUUGUCAUCCAGUCUUGGAACUCAAGCUUUUUUUUCUAUUUGUACCACUACGAAAAUGUUGAGUGCCGCCGAGCUUCACAGCAUCAAGAACGGCGGGUGCCUGACACAAGCCAUGCAGCAAAACAAAGAUGACCUGUCACUCAAGAGCAAAAUAUAUGCUAUUGAAUACGAGAGACGUCAGUCACUGAAAACAAUGGAAAUCAGGAGGAGACAGUUUCUGCAUCAGUAUCACCAGACGGCAGUGAAACGCUCGGUACCCCUGUCCGUUCUAGUGGAGAGAAAGAAAAGAAAAGUUGAAGACGGCAAGAAAGAAGAACGGAGGAGUAAAAGUGUUUUGGACAAUCGUACGUCUGAGUUUAUCGAUGGUUUGAAAACAAGACCGUUAACAACUGGAAUAACUCGCAAAACUUUGCUACAAAAGUUACAGGAGCAAGAAAAACCUCAUAUGACUGACUUCGGUGAAAAGAAACUUCCUGAAAACGAAACGAAGAGUGGUGCAAUGGGCUUGUACCAAAGAAGCUUCGGUUUGAUUAAGAAUCACUCUGAAAACUCAAAUCCCUUUGUGGCUUCGGUCGGUUCUAUCAUAAAAAGGUUAAAAGGCGGUAAAAGUGGGGAAAACCAGGAUGGUGAGAGAGAGAAGCCAGUCAACGAACUUACCCGAAAGAUUUUUGGAAAAUAUUUUAAUGGACAAACCACAGAUGGUGCAGAUGUUGAAGAGAGUGGAACUGCUACUUUGAAGGAAGGGAAUUCAGUUUUAGUUUCUAAAAGUGAGAGUGAAACAUGCAACAGCGACAAUGAUCCAUGUGGUGACCAAGUUAAGCAGAGCGCUAAUAAAGACAAAUUAUUAAUUAGUGACUCUCUUACUCAAGGACAACAUGGAAAUUGUCGGGACACCAACGGUGGGACCAAAAGCGAUUCUGACAGCGACUCUAGCAUUAAGGCAAUGACGGCCAAACAAGACGAAUCAACGCAUACGUAUUUCAUAAACCGAGGAAGAUCACAAAGCAAAACUAUUAGUAAACACGACACUCCACAAAUGAGUCUUCCUACAAAUGAGAAAACCAAGGGUAAGAAAGACCUCAUUUCCAUAAAUAUAAUUCCACCUCACGUGAAGUCACACGACUCCUCAACUAAAUAUGUUACAGCAGAGCGAACGUCGAGACCAGAGAAGAACCACGUCUUCCGAGAAAAGACUGGUUUGAGUGACUCUCCAGAAGAUGCGGACGCUAUUCUUUUCCCGCAUGGAUCACACGAAAGUCGAGGUGGAGGGGUGAAUGUCUCAGGACCUCAGAACGGGGCAUCUCAUCAUCAUGUGGGAACAGAACAACACCGAGUGCAACAUGUAAACUCCAGGAAAAACACACGCUCGUCUGUAGGCUCUCUCCAGUUUCGCAGAUCGAGUUCCUUAGGUCCUUAUUGUUCGAAGCAGCGAGAAGAGAGUACUGGGGACAGAAAUCGUCGACCUCAAACUCGCAGCAAGAGUCCGGAGAUUCCUGUAGUGAACAGAUCCCAAACCAUCAUCAUUGUCCAUUCAGAGAGCGGCACAGAACAGGAGAAACACAGCAUAUUUGGAAAUCAGAAGAAUACAACGUCACAGAAUGGGGACGAGGAAGGAAACGUGAAGUCCAAAGAACAGUUCGGAGGUGAUAAAUCAUCUUUUGUACAUUCUUUAAAUGGAACUGGUCAUAGUACCGAUAACAAUUCGAAUCAUUAUGGGAAAGAUGGUGAAGAGGAAGAUAAUGAUGACGAUAAUGUUGAUAAUGCUGGUGACAAUAAAAUACCACCUCUUUAUUUAGUAUCCCCGAGCCCAGAAGAGACCACAACAGAUAGUGUGUCAGUAGAGGGUUCAAAACUGUCAAGAGCAGACUCUUUCAGCCGAACUGUUGGCCGACGUCGCUUGUCAAUGCAGACGACGGGGGCUCUACGUCUUUGGGCGGAAGUGCAGAAAUUGGAUGAAGAACGUGAGAGGAAACUAGUGCAGUCCGAGGAACAGAAGUACGGUCAGCUGGUGGAGAACCUCGCUGCGGCAGAGUCUGAGGCCACGGAACAGGCGGAGCGCCUUAAAGCCGUCAGACGCUUCCCUCCAGGUUUGAGCAUGCCCGGCAGCGCAGAGCAAAGCCCUGGCGGUACGGCAGCAGAUCCAAAUACAAUACGGGGGUCCACAACAGCACGAAGGAUGUCUCGGCAGGAGGGAGCUAUCCACGUCACUGACGAAGUUUACAAAUUUGUACGGAGGCGGUACAGUGUGUCCGAUAUCCGACAUGCACUUUGGGUUCGGCCAGACCAGCAAAAACCAGCAAAGGCCGACUUUUUGGUCAAUUCUUCAAGUAGUUCAAAUGUUGGAAACAACACCGCUAGACGGAAUUCGGUGACAGCUAGUCAGAAUUCAGAGCGAAUAGGGAGUGCGACUGGACGCAGUCGAAUUCCAUCAGCCAAGGGUAGACCCUCAGAAUCGAGGAAAGGUAAAAGUCUACUCUCAGCUGUCUUUAGACCACUGGAAGGAACGCCACGCCGUCGAAGUGUCCCCGAGAGUAAAGAUAAAAGUCGCGAAACAGUCAGGGAAAUUAUUACUUCCGCCGGAAGUGGUCGAACAGAAAGUAAAAAUGGCAACCGAGUUCCUUCCGCUUCUGCUAACAGGAGGGACGCACGCAGUUACAGCUGGGCACCAGACGUAAGCCAACCCAAGAAGUGGCACAUUCUGGCCCUAGAAUUGUUGUCCCGAAACCAAAAAGGGUUGUCAAAAUUUCGAACUGUUAGCCACCUGCUUCAAUGUUUGAAGGAAGAGUACGAGCGCGAGAGGACAGACAUGGUGUUUGAGGAACUGCGAUACUGCACCUAUCUCAGGUUACCAAAAGCACAUGUCCCACUGGAAUUACAGGACUGUGACGUGACCUCAAUCUUUAGCAAAGAAUGAUGUCACCGACAAUUCGCUACCUCAGAAUUACAACGGUCUAUCUGCUCACAUGCCUAGUUUUGAGAACUUUGACGUCAAACUUUGUUAAGUUUCACAAUAAUUAUGUUAAGCUUUUCCAAAUUCAAUUCUUUGAAUAUCUUGAAAACAGCUCCGAAUAUUAUUACGAUUUUGAUAGAGCAGACAGAGCAUUUGCUUUCUGACCUCACGGUCUUAGUAACUCAAAGUGGCCUGAAAUGCCAGAUAGAACUUAGAUCUAGUAAUUCUGAGAUACUGAUUUGUGUUCCACAAUGUUUUCCCCUGGUGUGAUACACAACAGGUUUACAAUAAAAUGGGGGAAAUGAGAUGUAAAAUUUGUGGGGGAAAAAAAAUUAAAGCGUAUUGCGUUGUAUUACCAGAACGAA